UGUGGGGUGGGGAGCGGUGCCACGGAGCCCUGGCUUGGCUUUGCCCGGCCCGGUGCGUGCCCGUGUUCCCAGCGGAGCUGGGGCUUCUCGCAUCUCGUUUCUUGGCUCAUGCUUUGCAGCGCGGCUGGGCCUCGCUCGGCCCCUCUGGGGGCUGCGGGGGAGAUGAGCUCCUGGCCGGGGUCACCGUCCGGAAAAGGGCUCGUGUGGCACUGAGGGAUGUGGUCAGCGCCCACGGUUGGUCUGGAUGUUCUUAGUGGUCUUUCCAACCUUAAUGAUUCUGCCGUUUCCUGCUUGAACGCAGUGUCGCUGAAACUACCAGCUGGUUUGAGACGUUAAUUAUCUAACUAUUGUCUGCAGGGUCGUUCUGUUUACAUGCAUGAACUCAGAAGGAGGGAUGGAAGCAUCUGAUGGAGGCACACGAUUGCCUGUAACAAGAAGGGUGUUGUCCAAACUUUGUGUGAUGUUAUCUGUCAUUGUUGAAUUGGUGAAUAGUGCUGGGGAACACCUCCAUCACCAGGGGGCUCAUCAGAGUGGAGCAACAAUGGAUUGGCCCCCAAAAAGAUGUAACAGGUGUUGUGAGAAGACAUCCCAUCUGAAAUGGAGGUGAUCCAUGGAGCUUGAUGCUGACCCCAUCAACAUGGGGUUGCGGCUGUUGGCUUGUCUCUUCCAUCUGCCCACUGCAGUGAUCUAUGGGUCCUGUUCGCUGUUUGUUUCCAUUUUGCACAAUGUAUUUCUCCUUUACUACGUGGACACCUUUGUCUCUGUUUACAAGAUUGAUAAACUGUCCUUUUGGAUAGGAGAGACGGUGUUUCUGAUCUGGAACAGCCUCAAUGACCCUCUGUUUGGCUGGCUGAGUGACAGGGUGUUCCUUAGUACACAGCAGCCAGGAGCAGAGAUUUCCUCCCCAGAAGUAGUUCUGAAGAGACUCAGGGCACUAAGCCACAAUGGCCCUCUCUUUGCCAUCUCUUUUCUGGCUUUCUGGGUUGCCUGGGCUCAUCCUGGUUUGCAGUUCCUUCUCUGCCUUUGCACAUAUGACAGCUUUCUCACCAUGGUUGACCUCCAUCACAACGCCUUGCUUGCAGACUUGGCUGUUUCAGCAAAAGACAGGACUAGCCUCAACUUCUACUGCUCCUUCUUCAGUGCCAUAGGCUCACUCUCUGUCUUCAUGUCAUAUGCAGUAUGGAACAAGGAAGACUUUUUUUCCUUUCGCAUAUUCUGCAUUGUGCUGGCUGCCUUCUCCAUCGUUGGUUUUACCUUGUCCACACAGCUGCUCCGCCUGCGAUUUGAGACUGAUGGGAAGGCAAAAUGGGACCAGGAAUCAACCUUAAAAGAGCUAUACAUUGAGAAACCCUCUGUUCCCCAGGAGAAGAGGAUCACCCUGGCAGAGUAUCUCCAGCAGCUCUCUCGGCAUCGCAACUUCCUCUGGUUUGUCUGCAUGAACCUAAUCCAGGUUUUUCACUGCCACUUUAACAGCAACUUCUUCCCCCUGUUCCUGGAGCACCUGCUGUCAGACCAGAUUUCUGUAUCAACUGGAUCCUUCCUCCUUGGUGUUUCCUACAUUGCUCCCCAUCUCAACAACCUCUACUUCCUGUCCCUCUGCCGCCGCUGGGGGGUUUAUGCUGUAGUCCGAGGACUUUUCUUCCUGAAGCUGGCUCUCAGUGUUGUCAUGCUCCUGGCAGGACCUGAUCAGGUGUAUCUGCUCUGCAUCUUCAUAGCAAGCAACCGGGUGUUCACAGAAGGGACCUGUAAGUUGCUCAACCUGGUGGUGACUGACUUGGUGGAUGAGGAUCUUGUACUGAACAGCAGAAAGCAGGCAGCUUCAGCGCUGCUUUUUGGGAUGGUUGCUCUGGUCACCAAGCCAGGACAGACCUUCGCCCCCCUGAUAGGCACCUGGCUGCUCUCCGUGUACACAGGCUAUGACAUCUUCCAGCGUAACCCCUUGAGCAACAUGGUGAGUGCCCAGCCAAAGCUGGAAUCUGAUAGAGUCUUGGAGCCAACUCUCCGCCAGGGCUGCUUUUACCUCCUUGUCUUUGUUCCCAUCACAUGUGCAUUGCUGCAGCUCUUCAGUUGGUCUCAGUUCAGCUUGCAUGGGAAGCGUCUGCAGAUGGUGAAGGCUCAGCGCCAAGGCCGAGCACCAGAAAUCAAAAUGAUCUAGGGGUCUUUGUGCCCCUGGGGGUGCUUCUGGUUCCAGGCUGGUGUGGGACUGCUGGCAAAAUGAAGGGAUUGCUGGCUGGGAAAGCCCCCAUGUUUACAAUUUAACUGUGAUGUGCUGUGAUGCUGAUGUUUACUCAUCCCAGGAGGUGGCCACAGGGAAAGCAGAGGAGUAUUGAGCGUGUACUGGGCUGCGGAUAGGUCACUUGGCUACAGCAGCGAGAGCGUUCCGGACUUGCUGGUCCUAGAAAGCAGAAUUCUAGGGCAGGGUUGCAGCAUGUGCUAGAGAGGUUUGCAUCCCUGGUGUGAUAUUCUACCCUGGGCAUACCUCUGACCCAUAGCCCCUCAGGCAGAGCAGAAAGGGGGGAGCAACUGGAAACCUUUCCUCUAGAGCCCUGUAGUUUUUGGGAAUGGAGGGAAAGGUUCUUCAGGGACCAGGUGACAAAGGAGGAUUAACUUCAGGAGAAGAGGUGAGAUGGGAAGACCCUGAAGGCUUUUCUCAGUAGCUGGUAAGACCUCUCUCACAUUCAAUGCCAUGGUUCUUGGACCAAAUCUGCUCUUAGGCUUGUUUCUGGGACAAUACCUUGCAAGGAAUAUACAGGCUCCCUCCUAUGUGGCCUUGCACUGGGUGGUGCUGGGCUCAGAACCUGGAUGUCUUAUGGCAUCUUGUUGCUUCCCUAGCCCCUUGCAGUCAGCACUGUUACAGCAGUGCUUCCCAUGUUAGCUGGUGGGUUCAGAUCAGGGAAAGGAGCCUGUAACACAGCAGACAAAAUGCUUCCCUCCCAAGGCUGACAUUGCUGCUUGUGUGAAGCAGCCCAGUGCCUUCCCUUUUUGCAGGUGGAGAGCACAGCCUGGAGACAGCAGGUCAUGCUUUUGUGCCUUCUAUUCCAUUGAGAAGCCUGUUUGACAUAACAUGGGGCAGUCACAGGGUUGAGAUUUUACUUCUGGGGGGGAGAGACAUUUUCAGUGCUUCAAAAAGCCAUGGCGAUGAAUUUUCCUGAUUGCUGAGUGAUGGAGCCAAGGAGAGUGGGAUGUUUGGACUCUUGCUCUGUCUGGGAGCAGAUAGGGGAGAUGGUUACCCAAAGAUCUCAAAAUGAGGGAGUGUCUCUUCAGUCUUGGGGUUGCUGUGGGCAGGCAGAAGUGAUGUGCUGAAGAAGGAUGGGUAAGCGCUCUGCCCUGUGCUUCCUGCAGGAGGUGGAGAUUCACUCACAUUUCUGCUGUUAUCCAUUCUGUCACCUCCCAGGCCUUUUGCGCCAGGUUCCCUCUGCAGAUGCAGCCCACAGAUCUGCUAUCUUGCCUCAGGACAUGGCUGCCUCCUGUCUUGGACCAAGACAUUUCUCUUGUGAGGCUCCUGUUGGUCUUACUGGUUCAAUCAUAAGUUAUUUGUGUAGAUUUUAACAAACUUUGUGAAUGAUUCAUUUCAUAAAUUAAACAUGAUUUUUUUUCUGUAUUGCUGUGGUCUCAUUUGAAUUGGCAGCCACCCCCUCUGGCCUGGUGUGGGCUCACCUAACCACACAAGGCCCCAGGUGCAGUGUCCCUUGCUGGGGUGGAAAGGGAGCAGGAGCCAUGGAGUUGUUUUGGGGUACUGCUUGACCCAUUUGCAGCUGGUAGACACUCAAGAAUGUGCAUUUUCAUGUGGAAAUUAGCCAGCAAGUUCUGUACAGGCAAGAGAAGUACACACUGUUACCUCCUUAAAAAUGCAAAGGGGGGAAGAUGAGGCCAGAAGGCUUGAGGUUUGUAUAUGAAUGACUUUAUUUAAGUAUGCUGGGCACCACCAGGCAACAUGGUUUGGACAGUGUGCGAGGGAACAGUCAGGCAGAUCAAAUGAAUGCUAGAUUGGAGACGGCACCUUUCUGUCCGGUCACUGCAGUUUACAGAAUGGAGCACUGCUGCUUCUGCAAGGCCAGCAGAGGAGCUGGGGAAGGGGAAGAAGAGAUCACUGGCACUGCCUGAGGCAUGUGAUAGGUGAAUAGAGAG